AUGGCAUUCCGAAUCACGCUCUUGAUAAAGAAGCUCGACACACUUACUCACGACGACUGGGAAGGGCCACAUGCCGAACUGUUCUUGAAGUGUCCUAUUGUGAAGGAGAAGGUGAUCAAAUACUCUCAGUUCCACAUUAACCAGACUGUAUCUGCAAGCCUAACUGCAGCCGGGCUUCCGAUGUCAGAGUUCGAUGGCGAGGUCAAUAUUUGGGGGGCAUCCUUGGAGGAUCUGAUGGCUAUGCUCCAGGAUCCUGAGUAUCAGCGGACUGUGGUGCCCGACGGAGCAGUGUUUAUUAAAACGGAGGAUUCGAGAAUGAUGGUCGGGUAUGACAAGGAUUUUAUUGCUAAUGGAAAGGUGUUGUAG